GACCUGUAGUACUGAAACUGCUCUCUAGUGGUAUCCUUUCGGCCCACUGGUAGCAAUGACACAGGCGUCAUAGGAUCGCUCUCUCUCUCUCUUCCGACACUCUCCUAUUGAAGCGUGAAAGACGUGUUAAGUGAAUGAAUCGCUUUCGUCGCACAGAUCCUGAGCCCAUGCCAGCACCAAACACGAUUGGGUGCUUUGCAUGUUCCAAGUGUGGCACAUACUAUACUCAUGCACUACCAUGGUUGACAAUGUCCUUACAUUGGUCAACCUGUGCAAGGAUGACAGCUCGGCCGGGCGCGUAUGUCUCGAGUGAUCCGAAUCCAAUGUGGCACAGUCAGAUCGACAUCCCACCAACCCCUACGCAACUGUUCAUUGUCGGACCGGCCCGAGACUGUCGAGCGUGUUGUCGAAUCAUAUACCUCGCACAUCCUGUUGGAACCCUUGCAGGUUCAUGCGCCUUCGACGCACCCCACUGUCUGUUAACGUACAAGGCACGUUUUCAGGCUUGUCACGCUGCGCAUCUCGAUCCUGUCAGCCAGGGAGCGAUAAUAAGUGAGCUUCAUGCCCGCCCAGGAUGUGACAAUCUUCAGUCCGCUCCCCAUACCAAUUACCUUCCAGCUUUACAUGCUUACAACAUGCCAGCAUACCGGAGCACUCUACAUGGCAUGACCAGAUCCACACAUAUUAGGGAUAGAAGUCGAGUUCGGGAUUUAGAAUACGACUCAUGGAUACAAGCGGGACACGCUGUUAGUCCUAUUGAUGAACUUCUCUGCAGUAUUGCAGGCAAGUUGUGCAGUGGCCCUGUGUCACAUAUUGACUCGGUCAAGAAAGCCGACUGCGAUCCUUUACCGGAAUCCGCCUUCUUGGGAAUACGGGACGACACCGGUACAAAGCAACGAGUUGAAUUAUACACCGAUGAUGAACAAGUAGCUCGCGAAUAUGCUUUUAUUCGCAAGGUGGAUUAUACAAUUGAUCGAACCUUCUUCAGCCAGCAUGGAGUAGAUAUAGCUAGGAUAUGGCUCCGUCAUUGCUUGCAAAAUCAUUCGGCCUGCGGAUCCGCGAAUACAUACGUUUCGCUUCCAACGCGUUUGGUAGCAGUCGGUUCUUCAACACGCAACCCUCACUUAUACAUCCCUGUGCCAGGCGAGAAAGGCUCUUACCUGGCCCUAUCGUACUGUUGGGGCGAAGGCGAGUCGUUGAAGACAACGAAAGAUACACUGGACCAACUCAAGUCUGGCUUCGUGCUUGAAAGUCUACCCAAGACAUGUCAGGACGCUUUGGUCGUUGCGAGACAGCUGGGCGUACAAUAUAUCUGGAUGGAUCGACUGUGUAUCAUCCAAGGCGAUGAAGAGGACUGGGUCCAAGAAUCCUCUUCAAUGUGUUCGGUCUACGCGAAUGCGUUACUCACGUUGGCAGCGCUACAUUCCCCCGGAUGCGACACGGGGCUAUAUACUUGCAGCGGUACCCACCCAUUCAAAGCCGCGACCGCCAUUUCCGAGGUUCAACUCUCUAGCGGCAGAAAAGGCACAGUCGUUGCAAGUAGAGAUUACGUUGAUACUUGGGACCUCUUCUUCAUUCAUAUGGGUCCAGAAACCGAUCCAGAUCCACAGCCCUCAGAUUACUUAGAAUCCCGCCUUUGGACGUUACAAGAGAUCGCUCUUUCGCGUCGGGUUUUGUGGUUCGCGCACGCAGAAUUGGGCUGGAGUUGUAAGGAGGGAACAGCCUGCGAGUGUUAUCCGCAACCCACUUCUAUAAAAGAUCCCGACGAGGUAGGGGCGCACAUAACAUCAAAUCUCGCGCCUGACUCAAAACAUGCUAAGAAAGAUUGGCUGCCUAUCUGGUACAGAUUUAUUGAGGAAGCCACCCAGCGGCUCGUCACGAAGGACACCGAUCGCCUACCCGCUGUUGCUGGCAUGGCAUCUGCAAUGAAGCAUCACAUUGGCGGACGCUACAUAGCUGGGCACUGGGAGGCCGAUAUCGAGAAGUCGCUUCUGUGGGAGAUCGAGGAGUUGAAGUUUUUCCGCCACGAGAGUACUGCUCGCCUCCCGCCUAUACAUCAGUAUUAUGCGCCAAGUUGGUCUUGGGCUUCAAUUUCACGACCUCUGAACCAUAACGGGGCAUUGAUCCCGGAUAUCGUGGAAGGAAAAAUGGACUGCAAAGUCAUUGGCAUCGAUUUCUGGCCAAGCAGCUCAAACGUGAACGGCCCAGGUCUCGCCAUCCUGACGAUGGAGGCAGUGGUACUGGCUGUAAGCCCACCAAAGUCGUGUAAUGGACGCUUUGAACAUAAAGCCAAGCCUGAGGGGAGAUACAUCGAGUUAUACAAGGGGUUCUCAAGGGAGUGGACACCAGACCCAAGAGGUAACCAUCGACCGAUACGAGAUAAAGAUCUGUCUGUGGUUCUUUUUCUACGAUGGCCAGAUGAUCUCGAGCCGAAUGAAGUGGGUUUUGUCUGGGGGCUUGUGUUAGAGAGAGUGAAUGAAGACGAAUACAAGGAUUGGGAGGCACAACUCCCAAAAGUCCAACAUCAAGGCUCCGAACAGGUAGAAUCCGGCUUGGAUGGUCAGAAACUCCGUGAUUUGAGGGUUAUACAUACAGAUGUCAUUGAAGGAAACGUUUAUAGGAGAGUGGGUAUUUGGGAACAUCAAUUUCGAAAUCAACCUUGGGAAGAAGUGGUCAAGGAUUAUCAGAGGCAGAUCCACAUAAUUUGAUGGUUAUCUACUCCCUUAGGCAUCUUCACCGGAUUG